AUGGCUGAUGUCCUCGUUUCUAUUGUGCUGGAACGCUUAACUUCGGUUGUUGAACAGCAGAUUCAUGAACAAGUUUCUCUGGUUCUGGGUGUUGAAUCAGAAAUCCCAAGCCUCAAAAAGACACUCCGCUCUGUCCGAGAUGUUCUUGAAGAUGCCGAGAAGAGACAAGUGAAGGAAAAAUCUGUCCGAGGUUGGUUGGAGAAUCUCAAAGACAUGGCCUACGAAAUGGAGGACGUGCUGGAUGAGUGGAGCAUUGCUAUUCUUCAAUUCCAGAUGGAGGGAGUUGAAAAUGCUUCCACGUCUAAGAAGAAGGUAAGCUUCUGUAUGCCCUCCCCUUGCAUCUGUUUCAAGCAAGUUGCUUCUCGUCGUGACAUUGCUCUUAAGAUUAAGGGCAUUAAACAACAACUAGAUGAUAUUGAAAGGGAGAGAAUUAGAUUUAAUUUUGUCUCUAGGGGGAGUGAGGAGCGACCAGAGCGAUUUAUAACUACCUCUGCAAUUGAUAUUUCAGAGGUGUGCAGUCGGGAUAUGGAUAAAAAAAUCAUAUUAGACCAUUUGUUGGGUAAGAAGCGUCAAGAGAAACCUGGCCUCUACAUCGUCUCCAUAGUUGGGACGGGAGGCAUGGGCAAAACAACUCUUGCUCAAUUAGCCUACAGCCAUUCAGAGGUGGAGUUCCAUUUUGAUGAGAGAAUAUGGAUUUGUGUUUCUGAUCCAUUUGACCCAAUCAGAGUUUUUAGGGCUAUUGUUGAAGCCCUCCAAGAAAAGCCUUGUGAUCUCCAUGAGUUGGACGCUUUACAAAAAGAAAUUAAAACACGUAUUGCCGAAAAGAAAUUCCUUCUUGUGCUAGAUGAUGUGUGGACUGAAGACAAUCGAUCGUGGGAACAACUGAAGAACACCCUCCUCUGCGGAGCAGAAGGUAGUAGAAUUCUGGCGACCACACGCAAAGAGAGUGUUGUUAAGAUGAUGAGAACUACGUACAAGCAUCCCUUGGGGGAGCUGUCUUUGGAGCAAUCUCGGGCAUUAUUCCAUCAAAUAGCUUUCUAUGAAAGGAGUACUUGGGAGAAAGAGGAAGAAUUAAAAGAAAUUGGUGAGAAAAUAGCAGACAAAUGCAAGGGCUUGCCCCUCGCUAUAAAAACUUUAGGGAACCUCUUGCGUAUAAAAAAUAGCGAGGAAGAAUGGAAGAACGUAUUGAAUAGUGAAGUCUGGCAGCUAGAUGAGUUUGAGAGAGAUAUUUCCCCUGCUUUGUUGUUGAGUUAUUAUGAUCUGCCCCCUGCAAUUCAACGCUGCUUCUCAUUUUGUGCUGUUUUUCCAAAAGACUCGGUUAUUGAGAGAGAUGAGCUGAUCAAGUUGUGGAUGGCACAAAGCUAUCUCAAAUCUGAUGGGAGAAAAGAGAUGGAGAUGGUUGGGAGAACGUACUUUGAAUAUUUAGCUGCUCGGUCUUUCUUCCAAGAUUUUGAAAAAGAUAAUUAUGGUAAUAUAAUACGUUGUAAGAUGCAUGAUAUAGUGCAUGAUUUUGCUCAAUUUUUGACUCACAAUGAAUGCUUUAUUGUGGAGGUUGACAACCAAAAAAAGGGGAGUAUGGACUUAUUCUUCCAAAAGAUUCGUUAUGCCACCUUAGUUGUCCGAGAAAGUACCCCUAAUUUCGCCUCCACUUGUAACAUGAAGAAUCUUCACACCCUCUUGGCUAAGGAAGAAUUCAAUAUUUCAAGUGUUCUUGAAGCCUUACGUAAUUUGUUAAGGCAUUUGACAUGUCUUAGGGCAUUGGAUUUGAGCAGGAAUCGGUUGAUUGAGGAACUUCCUAAGGAGAAACUACCACAGGCAAUGGGUAAACUAAUUAAUUUGAGGCAUCUUGAAAAUUAUGGUGCUGACAGUCUAAAGGGCUUGCCAAAAGGAAUUGGAAGAUUAAGCUCUCUUCAGACACUGGAUGUUUUCAUCGUGAGUAGUCAUGGCCAUGAUGAAUGCCAAAUAGGAGACCUGAGAAACUUGAACAACCUAAGAGGAAAUCUUUUGAUUCAAGGGUUGGAUGAAGUGAAAGAUGCAGGGGAGGCAGAAAAAGCAGAAUUGAAGAAUAGGAGAGUGGCCCAAUUGGAUGAUGGGUUCAUCAUUAGCUCAACUGAAAAUACUUCUCCUCGACUCUUGCAUAAGAUGUCCAUGUUUGCCUCCUUUGGGGCAACUGCCUGUCCUCGAGGAACUGGGGAUAUGGAAUAUGGAUGGUGUGAAAUACAUAGGUAG